UAUUGGGGAGGAGAUAUUUGGGGAUUUGGGGUUGUAUUUCGAGAAUUGGGAUGGCAGGAUCUGUGAAAUGUGUGAAAAGAAGCUCUUAAUGCCUUGAUAUGCACAAAAUAUGUAAAUAAAUAAAAAUAAAGAAAUUUUAUUAGAGAAGGAUCGAAAAAACUAUUUUGUCUCUUGAAAUCUGAAAUUUUUUUAACAAUAAAGCAAAAAUUUGCUCUUCAAUGGAAGCAGUUUUUGAUUUUUUUAAAUAUUUUAUAUACCUAAAUAUCAUUUUUGUUUCUGUAAGAUGUACGCAUAACUUUUUUCUUUACCUUUUAAUUACUAUAAAAUCCUUCAAGGGGAUAGUCGCCUUUUUCUCUUUUAUAUUUUCUUCUUUUUCUUUUUAAUUCUCCGCCUUUUACUUGAGGGUUUUUGUUGUUUUUAUAAUUAAUGUUUGUUGCUGUUGGGGUUGUUGCUGUUGCUGGUAGUUUUUCUUUUUAUUUAGUAACCUUUUUUUCUGUUCUCCCCUUGAAAGGCCAUCAUUCUAAAUUUGUAUUUUACUUUUUAUUUUUCUGCUUUUUUAACUCAAAACUUUUUCCAAUUAAUUUUCUUUUUAAUUAG